AUGGACUUCGAUUUUGAGAAAGAAAUUGAACCCGAUUCGACGCAACCCGUAGAAGUGUCCGCACCAUCUGAAAAAGGUGGUGAGGAAGCGACGAAAGGUGUUGAACGCGAAGCCGACAAGUCAAAGAUGGGUCUUCCAGUCGAGUUUUAUUUUUGCCUACACGUCAUGGGACCGCUAGGGUUUCUGGCGACGUUGUUUGUGUUUGUUGCGACGGCGUUUGCGCAGUAUCAUUGGCAAACGCGCGAAAGGUACCGGAAAUGGCUUCCUGAUAUCAUCAAAAAUCGACAAGACACGAAAACAACGUAUAUUGUUCGAAUCCGCCACGCAAAUAAUACCAAUGAGACCAUCACUUUCCAUGGACCUCCGGGUCCUGAUGAAACCCCGGGUCCGGUAAAAUGGGUGCGUCCGUAUUUUGAUUGUGGGCGAUCGAACAAGUGGAUUUUCGGAGCGUCUGUACCCGUUGCCGAUAUUUAUCCAAGGCAUACGUCAUUUCGGCACAUCGAGUACCCCACGUUCACUGCAGUGUCAGUGAUGGAAAUGGAUUUCGAUCGUAUAGACAUCAAUCAAUGUCCUUUGGGCAAAGGAAACCCCGGUCCGAAUGUCUUUGCCGGCACGGACUUUUGCAAGAAGGAAACAACUGAGUGUGAACCACUUCACGGGUAUGGCUUCAGACGAGGUGGAUACCAGUGUCGGUGCAAUCCAGGUUUCCGGCUUCCUAACGUCGUUCGUAGACCUUAUCUGGGACAAAUCUUGGAACGCGCUACUGCGGCAGAAUUCGAGAGGGGAUUCAACUGUGUUCCGAUCGGCUGUGAGUCUUAUCUGUCUCUUCAGAUCUGA